UAUGAGCAGAGAGGUUUUUGCUGACAGUACGGGUAGAGAUAGGUGAGGUAGAGCAGGCUGGUAGCAGAUAAGAGCGCGCACACAGCCCAAGGUGCGAGGCCAUCGCUGCACCGGAGCCGGUGCCGAACGGCUUCGGGAGCAAACACCGGCGGGGACACGGCGGGUACCGGGCAGCGAGGGCAGGACGGGGUGUUCCCGUACCCGCAGGCGUCUCCGGGGCUGGGUGUCACCGCAGCCCAUCGCUACAGCCCCAGAGACGCUCCCGGGGGCUCCUGCGGUGUCCCGGGCGAGCGGGCAGGGCUGGGGCAGCCUCCCCGCGCACCAACGCUUGGCACCGGCACGGCACCACAAACUGCCGGCGGCAGAACACACCCCGAGCCCUCCGGCAGCCGGUGACACGCGGGGACACGGGACAGGGCGAAGCUACAGCGAGAGGCAUCGCCAGCGCCCAGGACACCGCCUGCCCGGCAGCCGUGCUCUACAGCGGGCUUGGGCGAGUCCGUGUCCCGGGCCAGAGCAGCGCUGCCCUCCGCGGUGCCGGGCUGGGGAGGAGCAGCCUCCCUCCGCUCCGCUCGACUCAGUUCGGUUCGGCCCGGCCCAGCCCAGCUCCGCCCGUCGGGGCCGCGCUGCUGACUCAGCCGCGGGGGGGCCCGGAGGGCGCCCCGGCCCCGCGGGCGUGGCGGGCGGGGGGGCUGCCCUCCGCCCUCCGGGGAGAUAAAGAGCGGCGGCCGCAGCCCGCCCGCGUCUCUCGGCGCCGCCGGCAGCAUGACGGCCAUCGGGGCGCAGGUGCAGCAGCUGCUGGCACACCGGAGACCACAGAAAUCCUUCUUUGAGACGCUCAUCAGGAGCCUGAUCAUCCUGUGCGUGGCGAUAGCCGUGGUCUUGUCGUCCAUCUCCAUCUGCGAUGGCCGCUGGCUCUUUGCGAGGGGGCAGCUCUUCGGACUGUGGCACUUCUGCACCGUUAGCAACGACAGCGUCCUGAAGUGUGUCACAGACCUCAGCCUGGCCCAGGUGGAGGGGCUGAGCGUGGGGGUGAUUCCCAUCAGGAGCAUGGUGUCCUUUGCUGUUGUGGUUGCCAUAUUUGGGUUGGAGCUGCUGAUGGUGUCCCAAGUCUGCGAUGAUGCCAGUGCAAGGCGGAAAUGGGCAAUGGGUUCUGUUCUCAUCCUCGUCUCUUUUUUGCUGUCAGCCACUGGUGUUCUGAGCUUCUCCAUCCUGGUGAAGGAUCACCUCACCUUCACAGGCUUCACGCUGACAUACUGGUGUGAGUUCAUUGCUGCCUUUCUCUUCUUCCUUAACGGAAUCAGUGGACUUCACAUCAACAGCCUCACACACCUCAGGAAUGGGGUCGGCAAAAUCUAGGCUCAAAGGAUGUACCUCUGCCUUUGUGUAAUCAGCUUUGCCAAUUAGACUGGAAGAAAGAGAGUCUAAUGAAGUUUGAAAAGGCUGCCCUGUCUUAAUUUGUGUGCAAGGAGGAGAAGCAUGAGUCAGUCUUGAUGCCUAUAGAAGAUGUACCCACCCACUGGCCAGCAUGGAGAGCUGAGCAACACCAGCCAAGCAGUGACUGGGACUGACUGCUACUGCAAUAUGGUUUUCUGGAGGAGUGGAUUAAAGCAGAGGGUGUACUGCUAAACGUGCAGAGAUUUGGAAGACUGCAGUCUAUCCCACAUGUUGAGCUGAGGCUUGCACAACACCGGUACUGCUGUGGAUUUGGUGUUGCUGUGCUUUUCCCCAUAUUCUGGAGCCUGUGAAGAGUGUGAUACAGCUUUGGUGUGUCUCAUGGGUUUGUUCUGGCCCAGGGACAGAUGAUUUCUGCCUGGCCAUGUUCACUGGUGUGGAGUAUUGAAACUCUUCACUGGAUCUUACUCCUUCAUUUUUCUUUCAAAAGAGAAGGCACACAGAACUUGAUCUGGUCACAGGUUUUGUUUCCUUUGGGCACGUUCCCUUUAUCUGUUCUUUUCUUGGUCAGUUUUUUGGGAACACUUCAAACAGAGGUGCUGACCUGGGGCCAGGGGUAGGUGUUGGGUGAUGCAGGUGUAGAGGGAAGGGAUGUGAUGCUUUCCUCAGGCAGUAGUGCACAUUGUUUGUGGUAUACAGGUGUUUGUGGCCUCUCCCCAGUGUCACCACUCUCCUGCCACCCCUGAAAGACACGUGCCAACUGGUCAACCAAACUGGCUCUCUAACAACCCUUGCACAGUUUACGGUAACAGGGCAUUGCUCUAGAGUUUUUUUUCUUUUUUUUUUUUUUUUUUUUUUUUUUUUUUUCUUUUUUUUUCUUUUUUGGUGGCAAGAGGGUGAAGCUCUGCAGAGGCUUCAUGGGCUGUUGUGGCUGGGCAGACCAUGCAGAGACCACCACAGCUUCUGGAAUGUGUUUUGGUUAUCACGGUUUCCACUGGGGCAGUGCUUAUGCUGUAGCUGAAUCACCUGUAGCAUUUCUUAAGGGAGGAGAAAGUCCUAGAUCCUCCUGUCCAGAUCAGGUCCUUUCCUUCCACUAACAGUGAGCCUGGGAGGAGAAGCAGCCUGUGAUUGCCUAAGGAGGGGCUGAUGGGUGCAGCUCUAAUCUGUCACCACUUGUAGAAAUGUUGGGAGACCUGAGAGGCCAAAAUUAAUAUACUAAGGCUGAGCUUCCUCCUGCCAAUAUCUGAGUCAAGAUCUCUAAAAUUACUACAGCUUUUGAAGUUCUCCACAGUGUCUUAUGUAAAAGGAGAGAAGACUUCAUUUGUAGAAUAGAUUGCCCUACAUGUGUUCUCCCUGUCCAACACACAGCACUCAGUUGCUCACAGUUAAAAAUGUCUUCAGAGUAUUUCAGGGUUUCUGGUUUACUGUUUGCUUUUAUCCACUGGUAAAGCUGCUUAUAUCCUUGUUUCAGAACGAAUGUUUCUGCAUGUUUCAUCCCUGUACCUAGUCUGUUGAGCAAGGUUUUAGUUUCCUGUGCAACAAGUUUGACACAGUUUUUCACCUGAAACAAAUGCAUCAUAGCACAGAGGUCAAAAAGCUUGUGUAUGUGAGCCAUGAGUAAACAGCUUUGUCUUGGAAAGCUAAGAAUCUUAAGCUGA